GAAUUUGUGCAACGUAUUCAUAUCGUUUGAUCUCUUCAAGAUGGAGCAGAGUGAUCUGGAUCCAGUUUCUGAUGAAGAGGUGAAUACAGACACAGAUUUCGAGGAUUCUGAUGACGACAGUGUUGAUAUAGUUUCCACAGACUGUGAUGUCGAUAAUUUUCAGAAAGAGGAAUUUUCUUGUGCUGUUGCCGAUAGUAAUUGUAACAAAUUUUCUAUUGACAAUAUUCUCGGACUCAGUGAAGUGAAACACAGCUGUAAUGACAAGAAGGACAGUGAAGAUGAUACUGAAAAGUGUUCCGUGGUAAGAAGAGUUAAGUGUGUCAAGCCAACUCCCAUUUCAGCGGCAAGAAGUACAGGUGACAUUUACCAGACAAUUUUGGAUCUUCAUAAAUACGGACGCCCGGAACCACAACCACCAGAUCCGGGUUUGCAUCAAUUUCUACCCUCAAAGUUAUCGCCUAGCAAUUCAGAAGCAUCAUAUUUGCAGUAUCAUCUUCAGCAUGGUAUUCCACCUCCAUCCAUAUUCUAUUCAAAUUGGAUAGGAGCCUCACCAGAAAGCAAAAACUCUAGUCACUUAUUCGGAUUACAAGCUCCAAAACCAGUCAACAGAAGGUCUCGGAAACCUGGUUUAGAUAGAAAACCUCGCCAAGCCUACAGCGCCAAACAACUGGAACGGUUGGAAACCGAAUUCAAAAUCGAUAAAUAUCUCAGCGUCAGCAAACGCAUGGAGCUCAGUAAAUCCUUGAAUCUUACAGAAGUACAAAUCAAAACCUGGUUCCAGAAUAGAAGGACGAAAUGGAAGAAACAACUCACCACCAGACUAAAGAUGGCCCAAAGACAGGGACUCUUCGCUCCUCACUAUUUUGCGCCGAGCGCGGUUCAACAGUAUUCACCUUUAUUUGCUCCAUAUUGUGCUCCUUUGGGGUGUGUGUUCGGUACUUCGACAAUGGAGGGCGCUGAUAGUAUAGCAGAUAAUUCCAUUAAAAGGAAGACUUAGAUAUUUUUAUGAAUAUUGAAGUUAUUUAAAUUUGUUAAUUUAUUCUUCAUGUUACUAUUUUUUUUGUAUAAAGUUUGAAACCGUACAGAGUUGGAAAAUAUAUACCACUA